AUGGCAGCCUCCACGCGCUGCUGCUUAUGCCUGCGGCUCCGGGCGCUGAAGAGCAGGCCCUUCCCCGGGCUGGGCCGGACCCAGCGGCUCCCUCCGAGACAGGCGCGAGCGCUCUGGGGAAGCACGAAGCCCAGGACCGCGACCGUGGACUUGGGCAGCAGAAAACUAGAAAUAUCCUCUGGAAAACUGGCUAGAUUUGCAGAUGGCUGUGCUGUAGUACAGUCAGGUGAAACAGCUGUGAUGGUUACAGCAGUCAGUAAAACAAAACCUUCACCUUCUCAGUUCAUGCCUUUAGUGGUUGACUAUAAACAGAAGGCUGCUGCAGCAGGUAGAAUUCCCACAAACCAUCUUAGAAGAGAGUUUGGUUCUUCUGAUAAAGAAAUUCUCACAAGUCGAAUUAUAGAUCGUUCAAUCAGACCUCUCUUUCCAUCAGGCUACUUUUAUGAUACACAGGUUCUUUGUAAUCUUUUAGCAGUAGAUGGUGUUAAUGAGCCCGAUGUCUUAGCAAUUAAUGGUGCUUCUGCAGCCCUCUCAUUAUCAGAUAUUCCUUGGAAUGGUCCCAUUGGUGCAGUACGAAUAGGAAUAAUUGAUGGAGAAUAUAUUGUUAACCCAACUAGAAAAGAAAUGUCCUGUAGUACUUUAAAUUUAGUGGUCACUGGAGCACCUAGCAGUCAAAUUGUGAUGUUAGAAGCCGCUGCAGAGAAUGUAUUGCAGCAGGACUUUUGUCAUGCCAUCAAACUUGGGGUGAAGUACACCCAACAGAUAAUCCAGGGGAUACAGAAAUUGAUGAGAGAGAGUGGUAGUGCUAAGCGGACCCCUCAAAAGCUAUUUUCUGCACCACCAGAGAUGGUGAAAUUUGUCAAUAAGCAUGCCAUGGAAAGGAUCUAUGCUGUUUUUACAGAUUUUAAUCAUGACAAAGUUUCCAGAGAUGAUGCUAUUAACAAGAUAAGAUUAGAUGUUGAGGAACUACUUAAAGAAAAAUUUCCAGAGGCUGAUCCAUAUGAAAUAAUAGAAUCUUUCAAUGUUGUUUCAAAAGAAGUUUUUAGAAAUAUUGUCUUGAAUGAAUAUAGAAGAUGUGAUGGACGAGAUUUGACAUCACUCAGAGAUAUUAGUUGUGAAGUAGACCUGUUCAGAACCCUUCAUGGAUCAGCACUGUUUCAGAGGGGCCAAACACAGGUGCUUUGUACAGUUACAUUUGAUUCUUUAGAAUCCAGUGUGAAGUCUGAUCCUAUUACAACGGCUAUUAGUGGAGUAAAAGAGAAAAAUUUCAUGCUUCAUUAUGAGUUUCCUCCUUAUGCAACUAAUGAAACUGGCAAAGUCACUGGUGUGAAUAGAAGAGAACUUGGGCAUGGUGCACUUGCUGAGAAAUCUUUGUAUCCAGUUAUUCCCAAAGAUUUUCCUUUUACAAUAAGAGUUACAUCUGAAGUUCUGGAGUCAAAUGGUUCUUCUUCUAUGGCUUCUGCAUGUGGUGGAAGUUUAGCACUAAUGGAUGCAGGAGUUCCAAUUUCAUCUGCUGUUGCAGGUGUGGCAGUAGGACUGAUUGCCAAAAACAAUUCUGAGAAAGAAGGUGAAAUUGAAGAUUAUCGUUUGUUGACAGAUAUCCUGGGAAUUGAAGAUUAUAAUGGUGACAUGGAUUUCAAAAUGGCUGGAACAAAUAAGGGAAUAACUGCAUUACAGGCUGAUAUCAAAUUACCAGGAAUACCAAUAAAAAUUGUAAUGGAGGCAAUUCAACAAGCUACAGCGGCAAAGAGAGAAAUAUUACAGAUUAUGAACAAGACAAUUUCAAAACCUCGAGAAAGUAGAAAGGAAAAUGGACCAGUUGUAGAAACAGUUCAGGUGCCUUUAUCAAAAAGAACCAAGUUUGUUGGACCAGGUGGAUAUAACUUAAAAAAACUUCAGGCUGAAACAGGGGUAACUGUUAGUCAGGUGGAUGAAGAGACAUUUUCAGUAUUUGCACCAACACCUAGUGCUAUGAAUGAAGCAAGAGAAUUCAUUACAGAAAUCUGCAAAGAUGAUCAAGAACAUCAGUUAGAAUUUGGAGCAGUUUAUACUGCCACAAUAACUGAAAUUAGAGAGACAGGAGUAAUGAUAAAACUUUAUCCAAAUAUGACUGCAGUACUCCUUCAUAAUACCCAACUUGAUCAAAGAAAGGUUAAACAUCCAAGUGCCUUGGGAUUAGAAGUUGGUCAAGAAAUUCAGGUGAAAUACUUUGGACGUGACCCUGCUGAUGGGAGAAUGAGGCUUUCUCGAAAAGUGCUUCAGGCUCCAGCUACAAAUGUUAUCAAAACUCUAAGUGACAGAAGCAGUAUUGUAAUGGGAGACUCUGUUCCACAGUCAUCCAGUUCUUCUUCCCAGUGAUAAUGUGAAAAAAUAAUCAGAGAUGUUAUUUAUACACUGAUCAAGAUUUCAAAAAUUCUAGAACGUCUUCUGUUGUUCAGAUUUGCAUAUAACAUAAAUAUAAUCCUAAUAAUUUGUGUUAAAAUUAGUUUGACUUUUCUAGUUAAUAUUUAAUUUUGGCAGCAGCCUAUAUCAUUACCUUUUUUUGUUCACAGUUAUCUUUGAAAAUAGAAGAGUGAAAUUUUUAUACUCUCAGACAUACUUAAAACUGCCACAGAAAGAAUCAUUAUGGUAUUAGUGGAAAAAAUAGUCCUACAGUCAGAGGACCUCGGUUCAAAUCCCUCUUCUGAUGCAGUUCUCGUGUAACAUUGGGCAAGGCGCUUUACCUUUCUGGGCCUCAGUCUCCUCGUCUAUAAAAUGAAGGAGGUUGGACUAGAUGGUCUCUGGAGUCCCAUCUCAAGAUCUAUGAUCCUUGAAACACUUUUACACAGAAGAGUUGUAAUGAAUCAUAUAAACAGAAAUUUCCAUUUACAGUUCUAAUGGGUCUCCUAAAAAAGACAAAUCUUUUAUCUGACAGAACCAGGUGUCAGUCUCCCUGCUCUUUAUUACCACAUAGCCAAUUCAGUGCAGGCCUGCUUAGACCAAUAGCUGCUUCCAAAUGAAUCUGUAAAGACUGAAGCCAAAUUUUAUAAAAAGAGUAAUCCACCUUCCCUUUACUUCUACUCAGUCGUUUAUAUGUGUGUAUAUACAUAUAUAAAAUACAGUUAUCCCUUCCACAGCAUGGGGGUUAGUGGCAGAGUGCCUCUGUGGUCUGGAAAAUCUGCAUAAACUUUUUUGGCCCUCCCCCCUUCCCUUCGUACCAGAGAAGAAGUGGUAUUAUGGUAUUAAAAGAUAAAAUAUGUUGAUACUAUACAAAACUAUACAUAUGUUUUGUGCAUUUCUGAGUUUCCAGAUUUUUUCUGUGUUGUCUACUGACCUCCACGUGUCAUCUGCAUCUCCCGCAAAACUCCCCCCAAAAUUCCCAUUUAAUUUCUUAGGCCAACCCACAGUAUAUAGAAACCAAGAUGGGAAAAGUCCCAAUGUGGAAGGGAUAGCUGUAGUGAAGAGUAGCAGUGGCCAGUUUAUUGACAUGUUGGAUACCUUAGAGCAUGGGUUCUUAACCUUUUUUUUUUUAUCUCAGACUCCUUUGUCAUUCUGGUAUACUGUUGAUCCCUUCUCAGAAUAAGGUUU